UCACUUUGGUUAGUCGGUCGCUGACUGUUGUUUUUAGCGCACGUGAUAGGUUGGGCCGUCGCGACAAAUUUAAUGCGCAUACGCUCGUCACGUACUUAGUUUAAUAUUUGUUUUUGACAGAAAAAGGAUAUCAGUUCGUACAGAGCUACGCACCAGCGUCAAGAUGUCGGCAUUCAACGUCGUGCUGGGAUGCGUGAUGGCGCUGUUGAUAAUCCUGUUUACAACCAGCGCUAUCGCCCGAUAUUAUAUUAAGUUUGUACUAUUUGUGGUCGCCGCGGUUAUUUUUUCGACAGCUCCACUACCUCUGAUGUUGUUUAGACCGUUCAACCCGAAGAAUGCUUUAAUUCCAGCAGCUCUUCUAAGAUGGACUGCAAGGCUACUUCUUGGCAUCAGAUUCGAAGUGCGAGGUCUAGAGAACAUUGACAACUCGAGGGGCACGGUGGUCCUCCUAAAUCACCAGAGCUGCCUCGACCUAUACGUCCUGGCGGUCCUGUGGCCGCUGAUGGCACGCUGCACGGUCAUCUCCAAGCGCACCAUGCAGUACUUGGUGCCGUUUGGAACCGCUGCUUGGAUGUGGGGCACGGUGUUCAUCGAUCGGGGCUCUCGCUCGGCCCACGACGCCCUUAAUGUGCAAGCGACGGCUGUCAAGGAACAGAAACGUAAACUGCUCCUGUUCCCCGAGGGCACGCGGCACAGCGGUGAUAAGCUGCUGCCCUUCCGCAAGGGUGCCUUCCACGUAGCCAUGGACGCCGGAGCUCCCAUACAGCCUGUGGUCGCCUCCAAGUACCACUUCCUGGACGACAAGCGACACAAGUUUGGUUCAGGAGACGUUAUCGUCACAAUAUUGCCGAUGGUUGAAACGAGCGGCAUGACCAAAGAUGACCUCUCUUUGUUAAUAGAAAAGACGCAAGUUGAAAUGCAGGAUACCUUUACGCGGACGUCGGCAGAGACGCUAGCUCGGCACGCGUCAAAGCAACACGCUGAUUAAAACAUGGGGAUUUUCUUAUUUAGGUACUAAGACUUGUACAAGAACACCAAAGCUGUGAUAGCAUGAACAUUUUAUCUUCAGGUCAUGAUAGGGUUAUACAAUAGGGUAAAUUUAAGUAUUGUGAUAACUAAACUUAUUAAAUUAUUU